AUGGCCAAGACCUGGGAGAAGUUCCUGCUUGUCCAUAGGAAGCUGACGAACGAAGUGGAAAGUGCAAAACCACAGCAAAACAAAGCUGUUGGCAUGGGGAUGUAUAAACAGACUCAGGGCCAUACAAGGGAAUGCUCUAGAGAAAGAAAUGGAGUGAGUAACGUAGCUGAGGGACUGGCCCGGGUCAGAGACGCAGGGCUGCUGCUAAUUCCUGGCUUACACCACAAAACUGCGAUUUCCUCGGCUAACAGUGCAUCAAGAGUGGUUGAAAAACUGAAGGCAAAGAUGUGUGAAGGGUGUUUGAGGAGAGCUCUGGCCACCCGCUCUCGAAUCCGUCCUUCUGUACUAGGGGAAUCCCUGGAGCAUGCUGCCCUUUCCCGCAUCGCUCCUCCGAGCGCCCGGGAGAGCGGGGCGCCUCUGCGAGAGGGGGACUCCUCUCACCCCGCCGAUUUCCUGGAGGCGUUCCGGGCGUUUUACCUGGACGGGCUGUUCACCGACAUCACCCUGCAGUGCGCUUCGGGGGUCAUCUUCCACUGCCACAGAGCCGCCUUAGCGGCUUGCAGCAAUUAUUUUAAAGCCAUGUUCACAGCCGAUAUGAAAGAGAAAUCUAAAAACCAGAUCAGACUUCCCGGGCUCAGCCAUGCCGUACUGGAAGCCCUCGUGAAUUAUGCAUACACAUCACAGAUCCGGAUAACAAAGAGAAACGUCCAAAGCCUACUCCAGGCUGCAGACCUCCUCCAGUUCGUGUCAGUAAAGAAAGCCUGCGAGCAGUUUCUGAUGAGGCACUUAGAUACUGACAACUGCAUAGGGAUGCACUCCUUUGCCGAAUAUCAUGAUUGCUCGGAGCUAGAAAAAGAGUCCAGGAGGAUAUUGUUAUGGCAGUUUGAAGAAGUGUGGAAGCAGGAAGAGUUUCUGGACGUUGGCAAGGAGAAGCUCUCUUAUAUCCUCUCCAGAGAGAAUCUCAAUGUUUGGAAGGAAGAGGCGGCCAUUGAAGCUGUCAUUAAGUGGGUUGCACACAAUGUGGAAGAAAGAAUUGAAGACGUCUAUGAACUGCUGAGCUACAUCAAAGUAGACUUAGAUAACAUGUAUUUGAGGUCAGCUUUAAGCCUACAAAAAAAAUGCCGACUUAAUGACAAUAAGAUAAGGUCACUCAUAUACAACGCCCUGAACCUCAAUCCCAAAGGUCUUUCCAGAAGACCCACAGCAGCCAUGUAUGUGAUCGGAGGCUAUUAUUGGCAUCCCUUAUCAGAAGUGCAUGUUUGGGAUCCUUUAACCAACGCAUGGGUCCAGGGAACAGAGAUGCCGGAUCACACCAGAGAGAGCUAUGGUGUCACUAGCUUGGGACCAGACAUAUAUGUGACAGGAGGUUAUAGAACAGAGAGCAUCGAAGCCCUUGACACCGUGUGGAUAUAUAACAGUGAGAGAGAUGAAUGGACAGAAGGCUGCCCCAUGCUUGACGCAAGGUAUUACCACUGCGCAGUUUCCUUGAGUGGCUGCGUCUACGUGUUGGGUGGUUACCGAAAGGGAGCUCCGGUGCAAGAAGCUGAGUUCUAUGAUCCUUUAAAAAAGAAAUGGCUUCCUAUUGCAAACAUGAUCAAAGGUGUUGGAAAUGCCACUGCCUGUGUCCUGCAUGAAGUCAUCUACGUAACUGGAGGUCACUAUGGGUACAGGGGAAGCUGCACCUAUGAUAAAAUCCAGAGAUACCAUUCAGGUAGCAAUGAGUGGAGUAUAGUCACCACAAGUCCGCAUCCAGAAUACGGAUUGUGUUCAAUUACAUUACAAAACAAGAUCUAUUUUGUGGGUGGACAGACCACGAUCACGGACUGCUAUGACCCAGAGCAAAAUGAGUGGAAGCAGAUGGCUCACAUGAUGGAGAGAAGGAUGGAGUGUGGCGCGGUGGUUAUGAACGGAUGCAUCUAUGUAACAGGAGGAUAUUCCUAUUCAAAAGGAACGUAUCUGCAGAGUAUUGAGAAAUACAACCCUGAACUGAAUAAAUGGGAAGCAGUCGAUGCCAGAGGGAAGAAGAGCACAGGCUGGGAAUGAAGGAAGAAAUGUCACGCAGUAGCCCCAGAGCACAAGCCGAAAGCGUGCACUAGUUUUCCAGAAGGAGAACAGUGCUCUGCGGUACGAGGCAGUUUGAGAAAAGUGCUCACUUUGUCAUUCUCACACUGGCAGGGCCCUUGAAAAAUAAAAAAAAAGGCGCUGCGUGGCUUUGCAAUAGGCUCUUUGGCUGAUGCACAGGUAUUGGUGAUUUUUUUUUUUUUCCCGGGGAGAAGCCUUACCAUGGUAACUAUUUUUUUAAAAUCAAAUUUAAGAUGUGUGUCUUUGUGGAAUGGAAGGAAGAAAUGAGAGAGACUGGAAAGUUGCUAACAUCCCCACGAGAUACAAACUUCUCUAUUUUAAUACCUUUCAGUCUUUUUAGAGUGCUAAACUGUGACUUGAGCAAAGGUGAUAACUGAAGAAACUUGUCAAAAUACGUUACGCAUGGAGAAAUUGAAUGCUAAGUGGUCUGCUGGAUUUAUUUACUAUUUUUCUCAAAAUGUAAUACGAGAUCUUCAAAUUCUGUCUGGAAAGCAACUUGAGAUGGGCAGGAAGGUCAUCAUUUUGUCACCUCUUCACUAGGAGACUCCUGCGGCAAGCUCCCAGCGCAGCAUAGCAGUGCCAGUGCCAGUGCCAGCAGAAUCCAUAGGUAGUACUUAAAUAGCUGGUGUUUUGACCCUGCAAUCCCCAGCCUUCUCACCAGUCCUUGUUUUGCAUCCUGCCACGUAGGUAGUAAUACAAACCCAUUUGACUGAAUUGUCACUGCAGUGACUUCUUAGGAUUUGUUUUCACCUCAUGGCUUGUAUAGAUGCUGUAAUGUGGGGCUUUUUAUUAGCCCGGUUCCCUGAGGGAGCAAGGUGCAACUGUAUUGUCUUUCUGUGUGUGUGUUCGCACCCCUCUAACGCUGGACUCGCUUGUCUGGGGUCAGCCGUGUUCUACAGGGAGG